UCUCAUCUUUUCUUUUUGGUGUCUUUCUCACGAAGGAGAAGAGUAGAAGUAAGACAAGACAAUAAUAGCAGCAGCUUUCUCAAUUCUGGUGAACGAACGUGUAGCCUUUUUUUUGGUUCUUGGGGAGAUUGUGUUACGAGUUCAGCUUGGAAUGUCAUCGCUUUGUUAUGACAUGUCAACAACAUUUGGGAACGCCUAGUAGCUGACUUGUGCUUUUUCAGCUUUUUACUUUUGAUUUAGAUGGACGUUUCUUCCAUUGGUCGAAACACUACCCAAACUGAUCAAGAUCCUUUGUUGAUGGAGCACGAUUCCCACCACAAUACUCACGAGCACAUCAUCGUUGACAUCACUAGCAAUGAAGACGACUCUUCUUCCUCUAGAUCUUCUCUCGAUGACCUAACUCCACAGAGGAUAUCGUCUAACGGCACACAGCUCCCACCUCCUCCUUCUCAGCAAAGAGCAGAUGAUGGGAAUGGUGGUGGUGGUCGCACUAGUACUAGUAGUAGGAGGAGUCCAUUGAAUUCUGGCCUUUGGAUUUCUGUUGAGUUAGUUGUCACUGUGGCUCAGAUUGUUGCUGCCAUAGUUGUUAUGGUUCUCGCUAAAGAUGAACAUCCCGAAGCCCCAUUGUUUACAUGGGUUGUUGGUUAUACUUCUGGCUGUGUUGCCACUCUCCCUAUUCUCUAUUGGCGUUUUCGUACUUAUAAUCGUGGUACAGCCCAAGAUUCAUCACAGCGUGGUACUACUACUAGUCAAGGCAAUAAUAACCCUUCAGAGUCCACACCAUAUACACCCGUCUCAGCAGCUCAAGAGCCACCAGACGAAGAAAACACCACCGACAUGACAGCAGCACCUAGGAACAAUCAAGUUGGGGAUAGCUUAAGAACUAGAUUGAGUGGACUGGUUGACCAUUUCAAGAUGGCGAUUGACUGUUUCUUUGCGGUGUGGUUUGUUGUGGGGAAUGUAUGGAUCUUUGGAGGUCACUCAUCUCCUUCUGAUUCUCCUAAACUCUAUAGGCUAUGUAUAGCGUUCCUUACUUUCAGCUGCAUUGGAUACGCAAUGCCUUUCAUACUAUGCGCAACCAUAUGUUGUUGUUUGCCUUGCUUAAUCUCUGUUCUCGGGUUUCGGGAGAACUUCUCACAAACAAGAGGAGCCACUGCUGAAGCCAUCAACGCACUUCCUGUCUACAAGUUCAAAUUAAAAAGCAGAAAUGAUUUGGAAUUUUCAGAGGAAGGUGAAGGUGGCUUUCUUCUACAGGGGUCUGAGAAGAAACGUCUUAUAUCAGGGGAAGAUGCUAGCUGUUGCAUCUGUUUGGCCAGAUAUGCAGACGAUGAAGAAGUAAGAGAGCUGCCAUGCUUACAUGUCUUUCAUGUAGACUGUGUAGACAAAUGGCUUAAAAUCAAUGCUACUUGCCCUCUCUGUAAAAAUGAGGUCGGAGAAAGCAGCACUUCUUCCUCCUCAUAGGCACAACAGCUGAGAACAGAAGAGAUUAUUUUCAAGCUAUUUGGGAUGCAUCGAGUUUGUGUUGUGUAUAAUUAGAGUCUUCUUCCAGACUUGUAUAGUUGAGAGAUUGUUUUAUUCAUUUUGUUUGUUCUAAGAGCUGUACACUUUCCACAUCAAUAAAUCUUCAAUAAUGGUGUUUAUACGUUUCUGCGUUUGCGAUGCAACACCACACAAAGAGAACGCUUAUCAAAAUUUCCCAGAGAUGGUAAAGAAGUUUAAAACAGAAGAUAAUGUAGUUUGGGUGAAUAAAUAAUGUAACGGGUACAACAACAAGGAAAGCUCUGAAACAUCCUGGUAAAGUGUCAGAGAGGGAAACAAAACGAAAAGAGACAAAAGACCCUUUGCUCUCUCUGUGUCAUUGUUCAUCAGACUUCAGAGACCCUGCCUUAUAUAGAAAAACAGUUAUACACAUUUGACAUCUUUUGGUCCACACCUCUGCAAAAGAUUCAUCAAAAUCUCAAGUAUGAUCGUUCUGUCUUUGUGUAUAUUAUCUCCUGGGUAGACUUGCCUCUCUUAUUAGUACAAAAAGUGCUUCAGGUUGAGACGGCAAGGCUCUUGAAUGCUUCGAGCUGUCCAUCCUUCACUUCAGUCUGACCCAUUGGAUGGUUUGGUGUGUCGCCAUUCUCAUUGCUCUUGCGAGAUGAGUUGUACACU